GAAACCUCCUACAGCUGUUGUGUCUUCACAUAUUUGAAGUACGUUUUGACGUUCUGGUUUAUGAAGACGCCCAAAGCAGCUCGGUCAAUAUCAACUUGGAAAAGCUGAAGGAAUACGUCACGCCGGGUGAGGGCUGGCACUUUUUUGGAAACAUUUAACCCGUCCAAGGUGAACAUGGCUGAUCUACUAGACAGACACGUGCAAGUCGCUGUCAUCUUCUCCUUUGCCGUUGGCUUCUUUGCGGGAUGGCAUGCUAACAGAAUGAGAAGAAGGUUUCUAGACUGGAAGAAGAAAAGGCUGCAAGAUAAACUAUCAGAAACGCAAAAGAAGCUGGAUUUAUCGUAACUUAACAACAAGUGACUGGAAAUUGGAGGUCAUAUAAACACUAUACAACGAGGAUGCAUCGUAAAAGUAUAUUUUUCUUAUGCAAAGACUUGGAUUUUUGAUAUUUUGCAGUGUUUACAUAUAGCACGGGAAAACCAUUUUAAAGCUUUUUCAUCAUGACGAAUUUAAGCAAUGUGCUGAAGAUACUAUUUUUAUAAACUUUUUGAAACUACUUUUGAAUAAAGUAAAUCAUUAAUAUAAUAAAAAUAAGAUACAAUCCAUAAAACAUGUUUAUAAUAAGAUCGGUUCAGUUAUUAACCAAGUGGUUAUCUACUUCAUUUGCACUGUUACUUUCUCAUCGUGCUUUGAAGAAGUAAUUCCUGGCUUCCAUCUUAAAUACAAAUUUCCUUAAACCUACAUGAGUGUCUCUCCUCAAUAAAGAUUUUACUAAUUUAUAUGAAA